AUGAGUAAACGAAACAGACAAGAUUUCGAAUAUAUUAAAUUAAUUACCAAUUCGGAGGAAAUAUUCACGGAAGAGAAAGCAAAAGCUAUGAAACUGCACCACCAACAACACGAAGAUAAUGACAUAUUUUCCGAUGAUAUUUGCUUUGAAAUAAUUUCCAUGCUUGAUGAUUCGUGGUUUAUUCUAAAUAAUUGCACUUUAAUUUCAAAACAAUUCUGUCAGGUGAUCAAGGAACGCUCUAAACUAGUUAUUCAAUUUAAAAAACCAUUGACAGAGAGACGAGUUGAAUUAUUAAGGAAAAGUCAAUUUAUGAAUUGUAUUGUUAAUGUUAAAUUUAAUGAAAUGUUGUUGGAAUUGAGAGAAAAUAUCAAAUUUAUAAGUGAAAUGAAACAAUUAACAUCACUUGAUGUUUCUGACAAUGAAAUUGGAAAUGUAGGAGCUAAACAUAUAAGUGAAAUGAAACAAUUAACAUCACUUAAUAUAUGUAAUAAUCGAAUUGGUGAUGAAGGAGCUAAAUUCAUAAGCGAAAUGCAACAAUUAACAUUACUUGAUAUUUCUGAUAAUCAUAUUGGUGAUAAGGGAGUUAAAUUUAUAAGUGAAAUGAAACAAUUGACAUCAUUCAAUAUUUCUGAUGAUCUAAUUGGUAAUGUAGGAGCCAAAUCUAUAAGUGAAAUGCAACAAUUAACAUCACUUGAUGUUUCUGAUAAUCAUAUUGGUGAUAGUGGAGUAAAAUUCAUCAGUGAAAUGAAACAAUUAACAUCACUCAAUAUUGCUAUCAAUCGAGUUGGUGAUGAAGGAGCCAAACUCAUAAGUGAAAUGAAACAAUUAAGAUCACUUAAUAUUUCUGACAAUGAACUUGGUGAUGAAGGAGUCAAAUUCAUAAGUGAAAUGAAACAAUUAAGAUCAAAUUGUUUGGGUAUUGUACAGCAGAAUUGA